AUGGAGCGUGAAGUGGCUGUGAAACCCACCGAUAGGCCCAUUUCUGGUGGCCAGAAAGCUGCAGAGCUCCCGGGGAAAGUCAGGAUUCGUGAGAAACUCGACGAACUGCUCGGGAAACUCGAUGUCUCGGUUGUUUUUGAAGCUGCAGCGGGCACCAUUGUUGGCCUGCCUCGGGAGAAAACUGACCCCCAGCAGGGAAGGAGUAGCAACUACUUCCGCAUAGACCUCCAGCAAGACCCACAGCCGGGCAAACCCCUCAAUGUCCAGUACCAGGUCUCCACUUCCACUGUGGCCUGUGUACAAGUCGAUCCUAAAGUGAAAGAUCUCGGAGUUUCUGGGGUUCGGGAAGGCUUGAGGAAAAGCCUUGGCAGUGGAUCUUACCCAGUGAAGGGUGAGGAUAACGGCGGUACACCACUGUACAUCUACAGCGUCGAAGUUGUGGAAAAGAAGAAGGAACAAAAGAUGGAGGAGAAAGCGUCGUCGUCUUCAAAAGGGCCAACCAAAGAGGAGAAGAGGGCACAGAGAGAAGCAGAGGAGAAGGAGAGGCAGAGGCGACUACUGGCAUCUCUUGGACAAAAACCACCUAGAAACAACAAACACUGACUGUCCAUAUUUUAAUAGUACUUAUAUGUAGCUGUAUGUCUUGAUGAUCGAUGAGAGUCACGUGACAAAACGCAUAGUUGGCAUGUACAUUCCUGUUCACAACAAGCAUUACCAAGUCAGAAACAGUUUAAGAGCCGAUAGGGUGGUUUAGCCUUGUCCCCAGGCUCUCUCACUAUGAGCACUUCUUUCAUCGUAUGAUCUUUUACCUUUGUCAGAACAAAGGUCAUUGUGACAAUAAUGCUUGCGGGGGAGAGCCCGGGGGAAGAGGCUAAAGGUUGUUCACUCUGUACACAGAUGCAUUGUGGAGUGGGACGGUAUAUAAAAAGCACUGCAGUCACAUGACUUGUAUACAUUGUGUGCUUAAGCAUUAUUCACACACAUUGUCAUUCUUUAAUUUUCACCUUUGGCACUCUAAAGCAUAUACAUAGUUGUCUUUUAAAAACACAGCUUGGAAAAAGGGGUGGAUUCCGUGAUGGAUGUGUGGGAUACUAGACAGCCUAUUAGGCAUAGAUCAAAUUCUGCAAAGGAUCUUCCAGCAAGAGGAAGAUUAGCUUCACAGCUCGAAUUGUUGCUUAACCAUGGAAAGUUCACAAAUAUUUUUGAAGCUUCUGUUGGAACAACUAUUGUUGGCUUACUUCGGGAAUCUACAGAUCCUCAAGGAAGACCUGAUAAUUACUUUCGAAUUGAUUUCCAAAGGGUUACUGCUGAAGGAUAUUUGAAUAUCCAUUAUCAAGUGUCCAACCACACUGUCGCGUGUGUUCUAGUUGAUCCGCAGGUCGAAAACUGUGCUAAUGGACUUGAGAAAGUUCAAGAGGCAAUGAAAUUAAGUUUCAAUAGUGGCACAUAUCCAACAAGAGGCAAGCCAAAUGGUGGACUCCCCAAUUACAUAUAUCAGAUCGAUGUCAUUAAGCUAAAAAAUGUGGCUAGAUAUACUUCAAAAAGGGGUAAGAGAAACAAAAAGUCUUCUAAACAUGAUAUUAUACUACGCCAAAGGAAGCCAAGGAAAAUUAAUAAGCUUGUUGAUGAUGGAGUGGAUCUCAAAGAUAAGAUCAGUCGUUUAAAUGAAGAUAUUGAGGGAGCCAUGCAAAGCAUUUACAAAAAAAUAUUUUUGAAGCAAGUUGUUGCAACACUCCUUAAAAAUGUUCCUAUGUUGGGGUUAAUUGUUGGGCUAUUGCUUGUAUUGUAUCGGUGUAACCGUGGUGAAUACAAGAGAUCAUUGUGCGAAGUACUCUCCGGUGCAUUUAGCUUGGUACCACCAUUCGGUAUUGUAGCAUCAAUUGCAAUCGAUGGUGCAAUAUUGACCACAGAUAUUAUAGAGUCAGAAGAUAAUAAAAAAGAUUAUGAAGAAUGAAAGCGCUAUUAAUUAUGCUGAACAGCAGUUAGCUGAUGUUCAAGCAAGAAUGAAAUCUCUUGGUAUGACUGAUGGUGAAAUUGAGGAGCAUUUUUCAAAACAGAGUCAUAACACACCAACGAUGAUUGAAACUGAAACUAUAGAGACAAAAACCGUAACUUACCGCCGCCGCCGCCGUUUCCUGAUAUAUAACUGACAGACCUUCUAAAAUAAUAAUCUAGUCUGCAUGUCUUAUGAUAUUAUAAUA